AUGAACCUUCCCCGCCGGAGUGGGAAACGGCGGCGGUCUGCAUCAGACUCGGAUUCUUUCUUGGAAAGCAGCUAUGACAAUGGCAAUGAUGGCAAUGACAGCCGCCAGGGCCUCUCGGGUUCUGUGCUGAGCCCGCCCCCGGGCCUGGGUCGCAAUUUGAAAGAUCACAGAGGUGAAUGCAAGCCCACAGUUCCUGAUGACCAAAUAGACAAGCUGCUGUUAGCAAACUGGGGACUUCCUAAAGCAGUACUGGAGACAUACCACAGUUUUGGUGUAAAAAAGAUGUUUGAAUGGCAGGCAGAGUGCCUUUUGCUUGGACAAGUCCUGGAAGGAAAGAAUUUAGUUUAUUCAGCUCCUACAAGUGCUGGGAAGACUCUUGUUGCUGAGUUGCUUCUUUUGAAACGAGUUUUGGAAAUGAAGAAGAAAGCCUUGUUUAUUCUGCCUUUUGUCUCGGUUGCUAAAGAGAAGAAAUACUACCUCCAGAACCUGUUUCAGGAAAUAGGAAUAAAAGUAGAUGGAUAUAUGGGCAGUACCUCUCCGACUGGGCCUUUUUCUUCUGUGGAUAUUGCAGUCUGCACAAUUGAGAGAGCCAAUGGUCUGAUCAAUCGCCUCAUGGGGGAAAAUAAGAUGGAUCUCUUAGGAAUGGUGGUUGUGGAUGAAUUGCAUAUGCUGGGAGACGCCCACCGAGGGUAUCUACUGGAACUUUUGCUGACCAAGGUUUGCUAUCUUACUCAGAAGCUGGCAUCCUGCCAGCCAGAUUUAGCCGGUCCUCAUUCUAAUGCUGUGCAGAUUGUUGGCAUGAGUGCUACGCUCCCUAAUUUGAAGUGUGUGGCCUCCUGGUUGAAUGCUGAGCUCUAUCACACUGACUUUCGCCCUGUACCACUUUUGGAAGCAGUAAAAAUUGGAAAUUCCGUCUAUGACUCUUCAAUGAAACGUGUAAGAGAUUUUCAGCCCAUGCUACAAGUGAAGGGAGAUGAGGAUCAUGUUGUUAGUUUGUGUUAUGAAACUAUUCAGGACAGCCAUUCAGUAUUGCUUUUCUGUCCAUCAAAAAAAUGGUGUGAGAAGCUGGCAGAUAUCAUCGCCCGAGAGUUUUAUAAUCUACACCAUCAAGCUGAGGAAGUAGCAAAAUCAUCUGGACUUCCACCAGUGAUUCUGGACCAAAAGGGUCUCCUGGAAGUCAUGGACCAGUUAAAACGUUUGCCUUCAGGCUUGGAUUCUGUGUUACAAAAAACUGUACCAUGGGGAGUAGCAUUUCAUCAUGCAGGUAUUCCAUAUAUUAAUGUCCUCUUUUUUAUGUCUGAUCUUUUUUCCACUCUAGGUGAGAGUAUCUUAGUUUGUAAGGCUUCUGAGAAGUCCAAAGGCAUAGCCCUACUUCAAGGAUCUCUAAAACCUGUUCACAGCUGCCUUCAAAGGCUAGAAGGAGAAGAAGCAUCUGCCAGUAUGAUAAGAGCCAUUUUGGAGAUAAUUGUUGGUGGAGUGGCAAGUACAUCACAAGAUAUGCAGAAUUAUGCUUCUUGUACAUUUUUGGCUGCAAGUAUGAAAGAAGGGAAGCAGGACCUUCAGAGAAAUCAAGAUGCUGGUCAACUUGGAGCCAUUGAGGCCUGCGUCAGAUGGCUGCUAGAGAAUGAGUUCAUCCAAAUGACAGAUGUGGAGGACGGAACAGAAGGAAAAGUAUAUCAGCCAACACAUCUUGGUUCGGCUACCCUUUCUUCUUCACUUUCUCCAAUGGAUACUUUAGAUAUUUUUGCUGACCUCCAAAGAGCAAUGAAGGGAUUUGUUUUAGAGAAUGAUUUGCAUAUUGUUUAUCUGGUUACACCAAUGUUUGUGGACUGGACUACUAUUGAUUGGUACCGAUUCUUUUGUUUAUGGGAGAAGUUGCCAACGUCUAUGAAACGAGUUGCAGAGCUGGUUGGAGUUGAAGAAGGGUUCUUGGCUCGCUGUGUGAAGGGGAAGGUCGUAGCCAGAACUGAGCGACAGCACCGUCAAAUGGCCAUCCAUAAGAGAUUUUUCACCAGUCUUGUGUUAUUGGAUUUAAUCAGUGAGGUUCCCUUAAAAGAAAUCAAUCAGAAAUAUGGAUGCAAUCGUGGACAAGUUCAGUCUUUGCAGCAAUCAGCUGCUGUUUAUGCAGGGAUGAUAACAGUAUUUUCCAACCGCCUGGGCUGGCACAACAUGGAACUACUACUUGCCCAAUUUCAGAAGCGUCUUACGUUUGGCAUUCAGAGGGAGCUGUGUGACCUGAUCCGGGUGUCCUUACUUAACGCACAGCGAGCCAGGUGUCUCUAUGCAUCCGGCUUUCUUACCGUGGCAGAUCUUGCUAGGGCAAAUAUUGCUGAUGUGGAGGCUACUCUGAAAACUGCUGUCCCUUUCAAAAGUGCACGAAAGGCAGUAGAUGAGGAAGAGGAAGCUGUUGAAGAACGUAGGAAUAUGCGUACUAUUUGGGUGUCUGGCAGAAGAGGCUUAACUGAAAGAGAGGCAGCAGUCUUGAUAGUGGAGGAAGCCAAAAUGAUUCUACAGCAGGACUUAGUUGAAAUGGGAGUGCAGUGGACUCCGAAUUCCCUUUUACAUUCUAAUGCAUGUUCACUGACCAGCAGUGAUUCAGAAGUGGAAGAACACACAUGUAUUACCCAAGCUAAGGGUUCUUUGAAAAGAUUGACAGCUUCAGAGAAAAAAAGUAACUCAGUAACACUUAAUGAUUCUUCUAUGAAGCGAUCUCCAAAUACAAUACAAAAUUUCAAUAAAAGUAGAGAGCAUACAAGUUCCUCUCAUCAGCUCCAGAAUGGUAAUCAAGAACCUUAUGUGCACUCCAUUCCCAGAGCAAAACAGUCUAGUAGAAAGCAGUUACACAAUUUUCUCAAGGAGGAAAACACUAGCACUAAAAAAGUUGUUCAGACUUUUACUUCUGAAAAGAUGAAAAAAGAAGCCUUAGAUGUCAGUUCAGAAAAAUGGAACGCAAGCUUUCAUUCUUGGAAACAGAGUAAACGUCUAAAAUUUUUGAGAGACAGGGAGCCUUUGAAAGAUUCUGGAGUGUGUAGAACUGAAUUACAAGGAAAACCUAUAUCUGAUCUUAGUCACCAUAAAGAUCCCUUCACCUUAAGUGAAAAGAAUAUAGAGUCAUUUGCAAAAAAUACCUCUUGCUAUGCUGAGGGAAAAUAUAAUAAAACAUCAUUCUCAUCACAAACAGAGCAGUGCUCAAGGAACAAUACAGUAACUGGUGAUAUUCCUGCAAAACGUUUUAUCACAGGGGCUCAAAGUGAAAAAAUGUCAUGUCAAGCUACUAGUGUGAUUAGUGAAAAUGGAAAAGGAUUAGCCAAUGAUAGAGAAAAAAUGGACAAUGUGCUAACACAUGGCGACUUGAUAAAGCAGACUGACUACAGUACUGAGCCACCCAGUGGAACACGUCUGUCAACUGAAACAGUUGAUAAAAGUGGAGGCCAACAUGAGAAUUUUCUACUUACCUCUCAAAAACAAGAACAAAUAGAUGCUUACCCAGCAAACAAAAUAAAAAAGAAUCAUAUUUCUGACUUAAGUUUAGCCCUCUGUGAUUUUGAAGACAGUUUAUACCUGGAUACGCAGUCAGAGAAGUUAAUACAACAGAUAGCGACUGGGAAUGCCAAGCAAAAAGAAGCAGGGAAUACCAACCUGGCCACAGGGAUGAAGAAGAGCUCAGAACAGCAGAACUCGGCUCUGUCUUUACAGAAUGAAAUUGACAUUAAUUUUUCUAGCAAACAACGUUCUGUGGGAGGAACAAAUACAGAUCAUUUGGACCAGCUCAUUGUAGAUACUGUGAAACAAAACACUGACUCACAUGGGGUUGAUACAGGAGCUACACAAAGUCCAAACUUUCAUUCUCCAAUAUUGUUGGGGGAAAACGAGACUGGUGUUAAAAACAGUGAACAUUCCGUUACUGACUCCCAAUUAAACAGCUUUCUUCAAGGCUUUCAAACACAAGAAACCGUAAAGCCAGUCGUUCCUCUGGCCCCUCAGCAGAGCACUCCCUCCGAUAAGGAAGUUGAAUGCCUCUCAGUGUCUGAAGGAAAUUUGAAUAUGAGUGACACUUUAUUAUUUGACAGUUUUAGUGAUGACUGUCAAGUUAAAGAGCAACUACCUGAUGUUCACGUGACAGGACCUCCUCCUUCUGGAGUAGAAUCAAGGCAUUUAAGUAAUUCUCUAGGUCUACAACCAGAAAGCCCAGCUAACAAACCCCGUGUGGAGGAGAAUGUAGAUACUCAGCAACAAUUGAUCUGUUUCAGUGACGAGUCAUUUUUAUUCUCAGAAAUGGAUCCUGGUCAGGUGGUUGAGGCCCUAGAUAGUGUAGAUCGGUUUCCUCCUCAGAAGAAACAUAAUACUACAGUGUGUCUUGAAGCCUUAGAACUCAGUGACCCAGAAAUUUUAGGUGCUGAUGAGAGUGAUACAGAAAUAAUUGAAGGAGAAGAUGAUGAAAGGGAUCAAAAGCCCCAAUUAGUGGAGACAGUGCAAAAUCAUUCAUUCAUAUGGUCAGAGGAAUCAUUUGACUUAAGUCCAGGACUGCAAAGAAUUUUGGAUAAAGUGUCCAGUCCUCUAGAAAAUGAAAAUCUGAGAUUAAGGGCUAUAAACCUUUCUAGUUUAAAAGGAAAAGAUGUGGAGCUGAAAGACAAACAAGAAGUGAUUUCUAAUUUGGAGACAAAUCAAAGGCAAGGAAUUUCAUUUCCCCCUGAUGAAAUAAAAAGCAAGAUGGAGCCACAAGUGAACAACGUGAUUUAUGGUGAGGCCUCUCCCCUCUUCUCUUGUAAAGAAAGCUGUGUCGUUGAUGAUAAUGGCCUCAUUCCUCCGACGCCUGUUCCACCAUCUGCUUCUAAGCGAGCAUAUCCAGGGAUUCUUGGAACAUCUUCUGCAAAACGUCAGAAAACCAGUAGUGUCUUACAACCUGGUGAAAGUUACCUAUUUGGUUCACCCUCCAAUCUUCAAAACCAUAACUUAAGUCUAGAGAACAGGAAUAGUUUCGAAGAAGGCAGUCCACUUAAAGACACAAAUUUUUCACUGCAGUUAUCACAGGACGAUUUAUACUUAACGUCAACAAAUUCAGAAAGUGUGACCAUAAUUGAUGUAGCCAGUGACCAAGCUCUCUUUCAAACAUUUAUUAAGGAAUGGCAGUGCAAAAAGCGAUUUUCUGUCUCACUGGCUUGUGAAAAAUUCAGUAGUUUGACAUCUAAAACUGCUACUAUUGGUGAUAGGUUUAAGCCUGCUAGCUCACCUCAGAAAACUCCUAUUACCGAGGAUGGGUUUCCCGUUAAAGGUUAUGAGGACAUCAUGGUGGUUGGACUAGCAGUGUGCUGGGGUGGAAGCGAUGCCUAUUAUUUUUCAUUACAGAAGGAACAAAAACAUUCUGAGAUCAGUGCCAGUUUAGCACCACCUGCUUUGGAUCCAAGCUUAACUGUGAAAGACAGGAUGUGGCAUCUUCAAUGCUGCUUGCAAAAGGAUUCUGAUAAAGAACGUUCUGUUAUCGUCUUUGAUUUCAUUCAGAGCUAUAAAACUCUUCUUCUGUCUUGUGGCAUCUCCUUGGAACAGAAUUAUGAAGAUCCAAAGGUGGCAUGCUGGUUGUUAGAUCCAGACUCUAAGGAGCCGACUCUUCACAGCGUGGUUACCAGCUUUCUUCCUCAGGCACUUCCACUGCUGGAAGGGAUGGAUACCGGCCAAGGAAUUCAGAGCCUGGGACUGAACGUCAAUGCUGAGCACUCAGGGCGCUACAGAGCAUGUGUAGAGUCCAUUCUCAUCUUCAACUCUAUGAACCAACUCAAUUCUCUGUUGCAGAAGGAAAAUCUUCAAGGUGUUUUCUGUAACGUGGAAAUGCCUUCUCAGUACUGUUUGGCCUUGCUAGAACUAAAUGGAAUUGGCUUCAGCACUGCAGAAUGUGAAAGCCAGCAACAUAUGAUGCAAGCCAAGCUGGAUGCAAUUGAGACUCAGGCUUAUCAACUAGCUGGUCACAGUUUUUCCUUCACAAGUUCAGAUGACAUCGCUGAGGUUUUAUUUUUGGAGUUGAAGUUACCACCAAAUGGAGAGAUGAAAAACCAAGGCAACAAGAAAACUUUGGGCUCGACCAGAAGAGGGCGUGACAAUGGACGCAUCCGAAAGUUGGGAAAACAGCUCAGCACUAGUAAGGAUGUUUUAAAUAAAUUAAAGGCACUGCAUCCAUUACCUGGCUUGAUAUUAGAGUGGAGAAGAAUCAGUAACGCUAUUACCAAAGUGGUCUUUCCCUUGCGGCGAGAAAAACGUCUGAAUCCUUUUCUUCGAAUGGAAAGGAUCUAUCCAGUAUCGCAGUCACACACUGCUACAGGACGAAUAACCUUCACUGACCCAAAUAUUCAGAAUGUACCAAAAGAUUUUGAGAUCAGAAUGCCAACACGAGUGGAGGAAAGCCCACCUUCCCAAGCUUUGGGCAAAGGCCCACUUUCUCUGGGCAGGGGAAGAAAUAAAAGGCUGUGUAAUCUGAACUCUGAGCACCAUGCACCAGUGGAGGAUAGAGCCUCAGACAGGGGAAUUCCAUUUUCUGUUAGCAUGAGGCAUGCCUUUGUACCUUUCCCAGGUGGUGUAAUACUGGCUGCUGAUUACUCUCAACUAGAACUGAGGAUCCUGGCGCAUUUAUCUCAUGACCGUCGUCUCAUUCAAGUAUUAAACAGUGGAGCUGAUGUUUUCAGGAGCAUUGCGGCAGAAUGGAAGAUGAUUGAGCCAGAGUCCGUGGGGAGUGAGCUGAGGCAACAAGCAAAGCAGAUUUGCUAUGGAAUUAUUUACGGAAUGGGAGCUAAAGCACUAGGUGAGCAGAUGGGCAUUACAGAAAAUGAUGCUGCUUGCUAUAUUGACUCCUUCAAAUCCAGAUACAAAGGAAUUAACCAGUUCAUGAAAGAUACAGUGAAUAAUUGUAGAAGAGACGGGUUUGUUCAGACCAUUUUGGGAAGACGUAGAUAUUUGCCAGGAAUCAAAGACAACAACCCUUACCACAAAGCUCAUGCUGAGCGUCAGUCGAUCAACACUACAGUCCAAGGAUCAGCAGCUGAUAUUGUCAAAAUAGCCACUGUGAACAUUCAGAAGCACUUGGAGACCUUCCACUCAGCCUUCAAAUCCCACGCUCAUCGGGAGGGCGUGCUCCAAAGCGACCGAAGAGGACUGUUGCCAAAGAGCAGGCCGCACGGCAUGUUCUGCCCGAUCCGCGGCGGCUUCUUCGUCCUUCAGCUUCACGAUGAGCUCUUGUAUGAGGUGGCGGAGGAGGAUGUGGUGCAGGUAGCUCAGAUCGUCAAGACUGAAAUGGAAAAUGCCAUAAAACUGUCUGUGAAACUUAAAGUAAAAGUGAAAAUUGGGGCGAGCUGGGGGGAGCUGCAGGACUUGGACGUGUAG